AGGAGCUCUUACAGAGGUUUCCUGGAGAGCAGCGGCAGGACCGGCAGCUGCACCAGAAGUCCCCCUGGACUCUGGUGGACACCAUGAACUACGUGGGGCAGCUGGCGGGCCAGGUGCUGGUGACAGUGAAGGAGUUAUACAAAGGGAUCAAUCAGGCCACUCUGUCAGGCUGCAUCGAUGUGAUCGUGGUCCGACAGCCUGAUGGGACGUUCCAGUGCUCCCCUUUCCACGUCCGCUUCGGAAAACUGGGAGUUCUGCGCUCCAGGGAAAAAGUGAUUGACAUAGAAAUCAAUGGGGAGCCUGUGGAGCUGCACAUGAAGCUCGGAGACAAUGGAGAGGCCUUUUUUGUCCAGGAGACAGAGAAGCACAAUGAGAUAGUCCCAGCCCACCUGGUGACCUCGCCCAUCCCCACAGAAGAGGCUUUGUUCAGGAGCAGAGAGCCCAGAUGUGUGGGACCAGCGGCGGACAACAGUCAGCCUCUGAGUCAAGACGACCCGUCCUCUGGAAACCUGCAGACCUGCUCCAACACUGCCGGCAAGAAGAGGAAGAGACGCAGGAGGAAGCACAAAGCCGAGCCACGCAAGGAGGAGCAAACCACAUCUGCAGGCGGGGAGGUGGAGCUGUGUGAGCUCAGUUCAGACGAGGAGCAGAACACGCAACAUGGACGAACAUCUUCAUUCUCCUUGAUGAAGGACAACAUGGACCACAAGCAGCACUCCCCCCUCACCACCCUCGAAUGGGACAGCUACCCUUUCUCCGAUGGAGACUGGUCCCCUUGCACUACCAGGGAGAUGUCCGAGCCCAUGUCGCCCAAGAGUGACUCCGAGCUGAUGGUGAAGCCUGCAGAGAGCAUGCUCAGGGCCGAGUCCCACAUGCAGUGGACCUGGGGAGAGUUUCCAGAGUCCACCAGGGUCAACAAAAAGGACAAAUCAGAGCCAAAGACGUUGACCAUCACUCCCUCUGAGAACACACAUUUCAGGGUUAUCUUGAGCACAGAAGCCAUGGAGGAAGAGUCGAGGGAAGGACAGAAAACCACAGAUCCUGUUUGCAGUAUUAUUAAACCAGAACCUCGGACCAUCAAAGUUGAUCAGCACAGUCACAAACCACAGGCCCCGGAAGUGUCUUCAAACAAUACAGACAUUAUCAAGCUUGAGCCAGAACUUUCAAAUUUAAUAUCCAGGAGCUUUACCUCUGAACCACAUCCCUCGAAUUCUGAGCCGGUUGCAAAAAUGGUGCACAAGGCUAGGUGGACGUCUUCGCCUCCCAGUCGCAGGGACAGCAGCUCCGCUACCAGUGGAGGAGGUAACGAGACUGGAGACUCUGCGGGAGUUAAAGGCAGCGACUCCCCCAUCAAGAGGAGAAGUGUGAGGAAGAGGAGCCAACAUCAGGGCCCUGAAGAUAUUUACCUGGACGACCUGAAUGCACUUGAACCAGACGUUGUUGCUCGGUACUUCCCAAAAAGUGAGUCUGAGCAGGUUCCUAAACACUGGGUGGAGAUGGGGAGGCGCUCUGGAUCUCAGUCUCCUCAGUCUGUGGGCAGCGCAGCAGCAGACAGCGGCACUGAGUGUCUGUCCGACUCUGCUGGCGACCUCCCUGACGUCACCCUGUCGCUGUGUGGAGGUGUUGGAGAGAACUCAGAGAUCUCUAAAGAUAAAUUCAUGGAGCACAUCAUCACCUACAAUGAAUUUGCAGAGAAUCCAGCAAUCAUCGACAAUCCCAAUUUGGUGGUUAGAAUUUCGAACAGGUAUUACAACUGGACGCUGGCAGCUCCGUUGAUACUGUGCAUGCAGGCUUUCCAGAAGAACUUACCGAAGGCUACAGAGGAGGCCUGGGUGAAGGAGAAGAUGCCUAAAAAGUCUGGACGCUGGUGGUUCUGGAGAAAGAGCAGCGUAAAGCAGUUAUCAUCAGAGACCAAGUUAGAGAGGCAGGAGUCUCUGACCAGAGACAGCCCUGCCCUUCACCCGGCCCCAGAAACACAGCAGAAAACAGCCGAGUGGUCCAGCGACGAUGAGACUAAAGAGCUGAACACUGUGGCACCUGCUCUGACCCCUACUGAGCACGUGCAGACAGAAGGCCCGGCCCCGGCGCCGUGUCACUCCUACAAGAAGUCCCUCCGCCUGUCGUCUGACCAGAUAGCCAGCCUGAAGCUGAGAGAGGGGCCUAAUGAUGUCACCUUCAGCAUAACCACCCAGUAUCAGGGGACGUGUCGCUGCGAGGGCACCAUCUACCUGUGGAACUGGGACGACAAGGUCAUCAUCUCUGACAUCGACGGCACCAUCACCAAGUCUGACGUGUUUGGUCAGAUUCUGCCUCAGCUCGGGAAAGACUGGACUCACCAGGGAAUCGCUAAACUUUACCACUCAGUGCACGAGAAUGGUUACAAGUUCCUGUACUGUUCGGCCCGAGCCAUCGGCAUGGCCGACAUGACCCGAGGAUAUCUGCACUGGGUGAACGACAGAGGGACUCUGCUGCCUCAGGGACCCCUCAUGCUGUCUCCCAGCAGCCUCUUCUCUGCCUUCCACAGAGAGAUCAUUGAGAAGAAGCCUGAGAAGUUCAAGAUCGAAUGUCUCACAGACAUCAAGAACCUGUUUUUCCCCAACACAAAUCCUUUCUACGCAGCGUUUGGAAACAGAGCAAGCGACGUGUUUGCCUACAAGCAAGUGGGAGUGCCUGUGUGCCGGAUAUUUACAGUGAAUCCCAAAGGAGAGCUAAUCCUCGAGCAGGCCAAAGGCAAUAAAACAUCAUACAGCCGGCUGAGCGAGCUGGUGGAGCAUGUUUUCCCGUUGCGGAGUUCACAACACAACGCCACCUUCAGCUGCCCCGAGUUCAGCUCCUUCUGUUACUGGAGACAGCCCAUCGCUGAGGUGUGCUUUGAGGAGCUGCUUUAACUCGUAUUAAUGGUUCAUUACUUGAAAUCAGCAGAACUAACUGUAUGCACUGACUUCAUUCUGAGAAGUCUUUGUAAAAUCUGUGUGAGCCACUGGAGUAGUUUGAUAUCGUCUUAGACACAUUCCUCUUUAGUGGAAAAGUCUGUAUUCCAUGUCUUUCACAGUUCAGACUCAUUCCCUUCAUGCAGUUGCAGACUAGUUUUGGUGUUAUUAAGAGGCGUGUUCGAAGGCUCUGUCAGCUUUUGGCACGAAGGAAAGCCAAACGUGUGACAUAUCAGUUGUUCUUCUUGCCGUCUGUUAAGAGAAGAUUUUGCCUGAGCACUUAUUCAGGGAGUGGAUUCGCUAUAACUGAGCUUAAACUGGCCACCGACAGCAGCUGUGUGCAGAAUCACACACUAACAAACUGACACUAACAUAAUCAUCAGUAUGCAACUUUAUUCCCACUGCAAAAUAGUACUUGAGUAAAAGUAUCCGAUAUGUGUCUGAUCUGACAUUCAGCAUUUUUCCCGUCAUCAGAAUCAGUGUUUUUUUUUGUUUUUUUUAAUCUGAUUGCUGAUAAAUUAAAUAAAUAUAUUUAAAUAAAUGUAUUUAUACACAUUGACUCCAAUAAUAUUUGCCUCAAAAAUGUAGUGGAGAGGAAAAGUGUGUGACACAAUGGACACAGCUGCCAUUUGACCUCAAAGAAAAGAUGCAAUGCAUUUUGGGACGUUGUGUGUGUCCGGUAAGCUGACGUGCACAGAUGUUGUUGCUAAUCUUGUCCACAUCUUCUUCUUGUGUCGUACGUUAGGAUGCGAUUCUGAACACAGCCUUCUCUCCCUGCCUUGAGAGCCAUUGUGAAAAUUACAAGUUAAUAUUUAUAGCAGCUUUGUUUUCAUCCUUUUAAGGCCUUAUUCAUACUUAAACGGUCUUAUUUCAGCUGUAGAAAUCUGACAUCUUUAUGUCUUUGCUCUGAAGCUUCAGGAAUUUGCACUAUUGCAGUAUGCUUGAAAAAAGAAAACUGAUUUGGCUUAUAGUUGAUUAAAAAAAGGACUUUUAGAGCUGCAGAUGAUGCUCAUACUUGGUAAUAAGUAUUUUUCCAAAAGAAAAAUGUAGUUGGACAAACAGUUGAAACUAUUUUUGAUGACUUUUGAAUCAUCAUUGCUGAUGUUUCCGCCAGACUUCUGUCAUCGUGACAACUGCAGUAUAUUAACGUUAAGUCUGUUUUUGUUUUUAUUCUGCUCAGUGACGACUGACAGAGAAAUGUAAUUCUUUCUAUGAAAGUGAUAAACUCUGUGUGAAGUAAACACACAACACUUCUGUAGUUCUGCUGCUUCAGGUUCUUCCUGUAGACUGUUGUUACAUCGUGAUGUAACAACGUUUGCACAAAGUACGUUCUGGAUGAUGUGUUUGAUAAAUACAUUCAGCUGUUUGAUCGGCUUUCUGUCUGUUAAUGUGAGAGUUGAGCUCUGAAGACAUGAAUUAUUUAAAGUCAUUUUCUAGUGUGUUAAAGCUGUAGAAACCUACUGUACAUAAACUGUGUGUUUACUGAAUGUAUUGUAGUGAUGAACUGUUAAAUCAAAUGUUGGAUGAUGCUUUAAUAAUAAUAAUAAAAAACAUUUCAGAGAACA